CUUCUACCAUUUCAACAACGACCCAACCAUGCAACGGACGACGCGUCAGGGUGCGGCUAGGGACACCGCCUCUCCAAGAAACCCAUCCCAAACGAUAAAGACUAUCACGCCAUCAUACCCGUUACUCAGGAUGACAUUGGUGGCCAUGGUCAAUCUCAUUGUGGCAUACGCAACCCUCACCUGGAUUCCAACAAAGAUGAUCAAGCACGGCGACAGCGACGCCGCACAGGGCGCCAACAUCAGCACUCUGCCAUCACUCUCCUUGACGCUAGUCUCGCUCUUCCUCUUUCAGACACUUACAGGACUGGUUCAGGCUAAACUGCAUUCUGCAUACCAGACCACGGCAAUGAACAACUCAGGCAAAGGCAGGAACCAGGCCUCAUUGUCGCUCUUCGCAGCCUUCAACACCUCAGUAUCCAUUGGCGCUGUUGGAACGCUGCUCUGCCAUGUAUUCGCAGUACUAUUCGGCGCAGGAUUCGUCUAUCAGGCAAUGGAAACAAGUCAAUUGGCAUGCUAUUUAUCACUGCUGACGUUUUACCCGGCCUCAUUUGUUCUGGGCACAGACCUCAAGAGCUGGCUCAGGAUUUACAUACAUACCAGUCCGCAAACGUAUACAGAGGCAGCACUUUAUUGCCAGGGAAUGAUGGCUAUUUUUGGCGCAUGGUUGGGCUCGAUUGUGAUUCCUUUGGAUUGGGACCGACCCUGGCAGGCAUGGCCCGUUCCUUGUAUCCUAGGCUCAUUUCUGUUCUAUUGCAUUGGAACGGUUGUAGGGCUGGUGGCCAGCAUCGUGAUGCGCCAUCGAGCAGCAAGGAGCGAGUUCGGGAUUGGGGCUGAUGUCAAGUCGAACAUUAAGAAGGUCAAGAGUCAGUAAUAGAUAGGCGUACUCUUUCGGUGAAGUGAAUGUCAAGCAGAGAGGCAUGAGUAGGAACGACUUUAGGAAGAAAAUAAUGAGCGCUUCAUAUUAGAUCGAAUAGUUAUGGUUAUUAGCAAUCUGAACAGCGAUAAAGGACGAAUGCCAU